AUGUUGAAGCUUUUUUUCCUGCUCUUGUCUGCAUACCUGAGAGAAAAUUUGCCACUUGCAAAGAAAAUAAAAAUGAUGAAGAGACAAAUUAAGCUUCAUUUCUCAAUCAAUUUGAUUUCAAGAUCAAACCCACUUCCCAGGUUUUACUUCCCUUCAUGGAAUUUUUCAGCUUCACUGUUUUUCUCCACUCAAAUUCCAAAAACCCAUUUGAAAAAAUCAAAAUUAUGCCGUAGAAUUGAAGCUGUAAUAGACCCAACAGCCUCAGUUAUAUCAGUUCUUGAUGAUUGGGUAAAUGAAGGAAAUACUGUACGGAAACCCCUGCUUCGUUCUAUUGUUGACCUCAUGAAAGAUCGCAACCGUUUUAGCCAUGCUUUACAGAUAUCAAAUUGGAUGGCUGAUCGUCCAUACAUUAAAUCAACACCCGAUGAUGUUGCUAUUAGGUUGGAGUUGAUCAGUAAAGUUUAUGGAUCAGCCCAAGCAGAAAAGUACAUUGAGAAUCUUUCAGAUGAGCUAAAAUGUUCCCCUGUCUAUUGUGCUCUUCUCGAUGCGUAUGUGCGAGAAAAAUCUGUUCGGAAUGCAGAGGCGAUUAUGCAGGAAAUGAGAGAAAACGGAAUGGCAAAAUCGGCUUUUCCUUACAACAUACUUAUCAACCUUUACGUUCAAAUCGGAGACUCUGAGAAAAUUGAGACAUUGAUAACGGAAAUGGAACGAAAUGGAGUCAUCCAAGGUGCAUCCACAUUGAGCAACCUGAUGGCUGCUUAUGUUUCCGUAUCUAACAUUUCGGGUAUGGAACGGAUAUUGAAUCGAAUAGAAGAGGAUCCACAACUCGGUCAUGAUUGGAGAGUAUAUUCAGUGGCUGCAAAUGGCUAUCUGAAAGUCGGGUUGAUUGAUAAAGCAUUGACAAUGCUAAGAAAAAUGGAGGACAUGAUGCCCCUUGAGAAAAACACAUCAGCUUUUGAUUUGCUUCUUAGUCUAUAUGCAAAGACUGGUAAAAAGGAAGAGUUUUACGUAGCUUGGAAAACAUAUAAGCCGUUAGUUGAACGAAAGGCGGAAUCAUUUAUGUGCAUGAUUAGCUCUCUCUCAAAGCUGGACGAUAUUCGGGGUGCUGAAGAAAUCUUUCGAGGAUGGGAGUCCAAGUGCAAGAUAUAUGACUUUCGAGUGCUAAACACGCUUCUUUCUGCGUAUUGCCGAAAAGGGUUGUUUAAAAAGGCUGAAGCUGCUGUAGAGAAAGCUAUGAAGGAUAGAACAGUUUGUGCUAGCACCUGGAAUGUAUUGGCUAUGGGGUAUACAGAACAAAAUCAAAUGUCGAAGGCAGUCGAGAUGUUAAAGAGAUCAAUAUCAGUUGCGGAACAAGACUGGAGGCCGGACUCUGCUACUUUGACCGCCUGUUUAGACUAUUUGGAAGAACAAGGAGAUAUUGAAGGAAAGAAAGGAAUUUUAAAGUCAUUAAACACAUUGGAACCUGUUAUUGACUGAUGAUAUUGCCACAAAUGAGAAAACUGAGAGAGAUCUUGUUAUGACUGAAGAUCAAUAGUAACAGAUGGAAAUUACCUGAACCGAAUGAUUAUGUUCAAGAUCAGGUCAAGCAAUAUGUUAGGGAAGAACUGAACUGGACUGACCUCCGGUUUACGGUCGAACAGGUUGAACUGGCCGGUCAAGUUUGGUU